AUAUAAUGGAAAGUGGAUUAUGCUGUAAAAUUGCAGAAAAAUGUUUAGUUAACCCUCAAAUUAACGAUAAAGAAUAUUUACAAUGUAUUCACAAAGAAUUUAAUACGUCGCUACCUGGCUGUUUUAUCAACAAAUCGUUUAGCAAACCAAUUUAUUUUACUGCUGGAGGAGGAGUACUAUUACUAAUUUUAUUGAUAGCUGUAUACAAAACUACAUCCAAAAAAACCACGCAAGAAUCUGACAUUCCUGUUGAUUAUAAAGAAUUUUACGAACCACAUAAAAUUAAUAUGACAACAUAUGAUGAUGAAUUAGUAGAUGUAGAAUUUGCAGAGACUCCGUUAAACGAAAAUGAUUAAGCAGAUUUAUUUUAAUUUAAGCACUUGUGUUUUUUGAUGCUUUUUUAUAAAAUCUACAAAUAAUUGCA